CCGAAUGACCCGUCAUCAAGACACGUGUCACAAAUCUAGUGGUGAAGAUUUCAACCCCUUUUGCUAUAAAACGACCCCAUCGCACAUUCAUCAUAUCACAGUUCAAUCUCAAACGAACAAAUUCAAUUCAUUUCUUCGUGACCUAACUUCUCUUCAAGAUGCAAAUAUUCGUGAAAACCCUCACCGGAAAGACCAUCACCCUCGAGGUCGAGAGCUCCGACACCAUCGACAACGUCAAGGCUAAGAUCCAGGAUAAGGAAGGAAUUCCCCCGGACCAGCAACGUCUGAUCUUCGCCGGAAAGCAACUCGAGGACGGCCGUACUCUAGCUGACUACAACAUCCAGAAGGAAUCCACCCUUCAUCUCGUCCUCCGUCUCCGUGGUGGUAUGCAGAUCUUUGUUAAGACUCUCACCGGAAAGACCAUCACCCUCGAGGUUGAGAGCUCCGACACCAUCGACAACGUCAAAGCUAAGAUCCAGGACAAGGAGGGAAUUCCCCCGGACCAGCAACGUCUGAUCUUCGCCGGAAAGCAGCUUGAGGACGGCCGUACUCUAGCCGACUACAACAUCCAGAAGGAAUCCACCCUUCAUCUUGUCCUUCGUCUCCGUGGAGGUAUGCAGAUAUUCGUUAAGACUCUCACUGGAAAGACCAUCACCCUUGAGGUCGAGAGUUCUGACACCAUCGACAACGUGAAGGCUAAGAUCCAGGAUAAGGAAGGAAUCCCUCCGGAUCAGCAGAGGUUGAUCUUCGCCGGAAAGCAGCUCGAGGAUGGAAGGACCUUGGCCGACUACAACAUCCAGAAGGAAUCAACUCUUCACCUUGUGUUGCGUCUUCGUGGUGGUAUGCAAAUCUUUGUGAAGACUCUCACUGGUAAGACUAUUACCCUUGAGGUGGAGAGCUCAGACACCAUUGACAACGUUAAGGCUAAGAUUCAGGAUAAGGAGGGUAUUCCCCCAGAUCAGCAGAGGUUGAUCUUUGCCGGAAAGCAGCUCGAGGAUGGACGCACCCUUGCGGACUACAACAUCCAGAAGGAGUCUACCCUUCACCUUGUGUUGCGUCUUCGUGGUGGUAUGCAGAUUUUUGUGAAGACUUUGACUGGCAAGACCAUCACCUUGGAGGUGGAGAGUUCUGAUACCAUUGAUAAUGUUAAGGCUAAAAUUCAGGACAAGGAAGGUAUCCCACCGGACCAGCAGAGGUUGAUCUUUGCCGGGAAGCAGUUGGAGGAUGGAAGGACCCUUGCUGACUACAAUAUUCAGAAGGAGUCUACCCUUCACCUUGUGCUCCGUCUUCGUGGUGGCUUUUGAGAUGUUGUUGGUGUCGUGUUUGUGAUGUUGGGUUAUUUUGAAAUGGUAUUUGUGAACUGUUGAUCAUAUUAGGGUCCUAUAUUGAGGCCCGUUAGAAUAAAUUUGGUUUGAUGUACUGUGAUCUUCUUAUGGCUUAUGUGAAUAAUUAGUACUUUACUUUGAUAA